AAAAAGUUGCUGUCAUUAACCAGCCGCAACAAAAAAACGACUGCGCUUCGCUUCUCUUUUGGAAUUUAUGGUAGUGUAACAAGGGUCGCUUUUGUCUCGCAUUCGAUUUACCUCGUAAAAUAUUCCCUAGAUCUUCAUCAACAAUGCUUGAUUAGUUGUUUAGGAGCUAUUUGAGGCAUAUUUUGAGCGUUAUUGUGAAAUUUUAUGAAUCUACAUGGAUCAAUACCUAUGCAAGUAUUGUUCGACUGAGGCGUCGUGGUAGCGUCAUUGUACCGAUGGAACCGAAGACUGGUGUCGGAAUUCAAGACCACUGGAUGAAGAGUAUGAUGGAACCGGCUGGCAGCGACAAAAACGUAAAAAGGGAAAAAAUGGGAGAAACAUACAAUCCCAACGAGAGCGUAACUUACGAAAUGAAACAACAGCAAAACGACAACAGAUACCGCUGUGAUGUGUGCGACCUGACAUUCGAAGGUAUGGAAUUUUUGUUGCUUCACAAAAAGUUUCACGGCAACGAAAAGGACACUCCAGUUAUGGAGCCCGAGCCGAUUGUCGAGAAAACUGGUCCUAAAAAGCGUCGUAAAUUCAAAUGCGACCAGUGUGACGUCAAAGUCAACUCACAGUACCAUUUGGACAUCCACCGCAGCAAACACGAGGGUGUCCAAUCCAAGAAGUAUAUCUGUGAAGUGUGCGACCGAAGUUUUGUAGCCGCGCAGUUCCUCAAAAGCCACAUGCAAACACACUCAUCUGUGAGCACUAUUAAUUGCGAGAUCUGUAACAAAAGUUUCACCGGGCAAGCGUAUCUCAAACUGCACAUGCAACUGCAUAACGACAUUAAGAAAUUCAAAUGCUCGAAAUGCGAAGAGAUGUUUCCAACUAAGAAUUGUCUUAAAAUCCACAUGAAGAAGCAUACGAAACUGAAAAACUUCAAAUGCGAUUUCUGUCACAAGUUGUUUGUCUCGAAGAUUACUAUGGAGAAGCACAGGCAAACGCACGAAGGACUGCCAGUGGACUGUCUCGUUAAGUGUUCGCAGUGCGAUCGUACUAUGCAUUCAACAUUAUUGAGGACUCACAUGUCCCGGGCACACCCUCCGACCAUCGACGAUGAUGUAAAGCGACCACAUAAAUGUUCAACAUGCGGCAAAAGUUUCAUCGUUAAAAUCAACUUGAAUCUUCACAUACGAGUUUGCCACCCGGACUUGGCCGAUCCGGAGGAUGAGGAAGAAGACGUUAUGACGGAUAACUCCUAGUUUAUCAUUCGCUAAGUAUCAUGUCGUGUAUUAUUAAAGUAAUUAUACUUUUUUAUGAUAAUCACUUAUUUGUAUUUUAUAAUAGACUCAUUUAUUUUUA